AUGACAACCACAGUCCUUAAUAUUGUAUUAGCUUACAUUUUUUCACUUCUCGGGACUGUGCUAUUUCGAUCUCACCUAAUGUCUACGCUUCUAUGUUUAGAAGGUAUAAUACUCUCUCUAUUUAUCAUAACAGCAAUAACCUCACUUAACACACAUUCGAUAGGUAUGUAUUCAAAUCCUAUCGUAAUUCUGGUGUUUGCAGCAUGCGAAGCCGCAGUAGGCUUGGCCCUACUUGUAGUAGUGUCAAACACUUACGGAACAGACUAUGUAAAAAACCUCAACCUCCUACAAUGUUAA